AUGACGGGAAUGUCCACCCAUAAAAGCGCUCAGGAAGGAGACGGGUUCUGGUCCAAAACGUGCAGAUUAACCCCAGUCGUUAUUCACACCUGUCCUCCUGGCUGGACCCAGUUUGGAAGUCGCUGCUUAAUUUUCUACUACAACAUGAAGACGUGGAGUGAUGCCGAGGAGUUCUUCAUUUCUAUUGGUGGGAAUUUGGCCUCAAUCCACAACAAUGAAGAAAACAGCUUCCUGAGUGACAUGGUUAUACGGGACACUGGGAGCCCUGCGGUCAUAUGGGUCGGCGGCUACGAUGCCAUCACAGAGGGACAGUGGAUGUGGAGCGACGGAUCAAAGUUUGACUAUACUAGCUUUGCUAUCGGUCAGCCUGACAAUUCUCAACAAUCAGAAAACUGCCUGGAAAUUAACUACACUGUGUACAAGUGGAACGACAGAUCAUGUGUCCAGCCAUGGCCAUUUAUUUGUGCCAAAAGAAUCUGAAGCCUCCAACAAUUCUGUUUUUGGUGGGAUUUCUUUUGGGAUUAAUGGGUUUAUAAUCUUUUGAAAUAAAAAGUAACAUUAUAAACACAAACUUGAUUUAAUGAUCUUUAUGCUGUCAAAUAUUUUUACUUCAUUAAAUGGUGUGAAAACUUCA